UCAUGGCGGGCAGCUGUGAACGGAACAGUUUCCGAUAUGGAUGGGAACGGAUGGGACGCGAAAAGCGAUGACAUGGACAUUGAUGACUUCAGCAUUGCCUUGAGAUUACAGGAACAAUUUGACAGAGAAAUCAGUGAAAGUUUUGUAAAAUCCAGUUCUUUAUUAACAGCAGAAAAGACUGAACUAUCUCUGAUUGAUCCACAAUGGGAAUUGACUGACCCUAACCCAGACAUAAGAGCUCUUUUCCUACAGUAUAAUGAUCGCUUUUUUGAAGGACGACUCAGUGGAAUAGAAGUGAAAUGGAGUCCCAGAAUGACACUGUGUGCAGGACUGUGUUGCUAUGAAGGUAGAGGAGGAUUGUGUUCCGUCAGAUUGAGCUUGCCUUUACUCCGUCUCCGUCCUAGGAAAGAUCUAGUGGAAACACUGUUGCAUGAAAUGAUCCAUGCCUAUCUAUUUGUGACUGAUAACAACAAAGACCAUGAUGGGCAUGGACCAGAAUUUCAUAAACACAUGCACAGAAUUAACAAGGAAAGUGGCACAAAGAUUACAAUAUAUCAUACCUUUAAUGAUGAGGUGGAUAGCUAUCGUCAACACUGGUGGCGAUGUAAUGGACCGUGUCAACAGAGACGUCCCUAUUUUGGGUAUGUGAAGCGAUCUAUGAACCGGGCUCCUUCAUCAAGAGACCCUUGGUGGGGAGAACACCAGCGGUCAUGUGGUGGGACGUAUAUUAAGGUCAAGGAGCCAGAAGGAUAUGGACAGAAGAAAAAAUCUAAGGGUGAAUCGUCGGUAAAGAAUGCAACAAAAAACACAAAUGAUGAUGCAGACUCGAACGGUACUGACAUUCGCUCAUUUUUGUCAGGCUCCAGCAAAACAAAAACAGGUGGUAAAAACAAAGAGCAUAAAAUUAAGAAAUUACCCAAUGACAGUGAUAAUGACAGUGCAAACAGUCUAGAUGAUUGGUUUUCUGAUGAUUUUGAUUUGAAGCCUGCCUCGUCAAAACCAAAAUCAAGCAAUACUUCAAAUAGAUGGAUUCCUAAACCACAGAGUGGACUGGUGAAUAUCCACACUAUAUCAAAUAAAAGUCACGUAACAGAAAAUGCAACAAAAUCUACCAAGUCUUCCACUAAUAAUGGGAGAAUUCAGACAAUCUGGGAUACAAUGGAUGUGAGUGACGAUGCAGGUUCUUCCAGUGGAGAAAUUAGUGAUAUGAACCAGACAAAUGGUGAUUCCUGUAAACAGUCUUCUUGGAAUGUUUCUGGUUCCGGUCAGACAUUGGGUGCCAGUGCAGAUGGAAAUUCCUUUCUUGCCCUUGAAAGAAAGAAAUUAACUGAAGCUUCUCAAAGCAGUUUCGGAUCAUUUGCAUUGAAUAAUGGUAUCGAAAUAGAAGCACCUAAAAGAAAAAUUGAAUCCAAUAGCUCAAUAGCUGUGAUAUUGUCCGACAGCGAAGAUGAUUCCUCUGAAAUAAAACCAUUGAGAAAAAAACUCAAAGUGUCUUCACUAACCAAAAAUGCUGGCAAUAAAACUCAUGCCACCAAAAGUACACAGAAUAUAAAACAAAAUAAAGAGAAUGAAAACAAUUAUGGAUCGAAUAUGGAUAUCAGAAGGUUGAUGAGCCCAGGGAAGGCUGGUCCUUCCAUGGUAGAAGCAGCACACCCAUGUCCAGUUUGUAAGACACGCAUACCAGACUCACAGAUAAACUCUCACUUAGACCAGUGUCUGUCUUGGCAAUAACAGAUGUAAAGUUUUGGAGUUUUCUAUCCAUUAUAUGGGUUUGCAUGUUUCUUCACCAAUACUGCUGUUAUGUGAUAACCUGGAACACGAUGGAAUUAGUUUAUAAUAAACAACUUUCUGGACUGUUCUUCAUGUUGUAUAAAAGCAGUUUUUUUUAAAAAGAAAGAAAAAAGUACAAACGCUAUUAAGUAGAUUAGUGAUAUGACUCACCAAGUCAAACAAAGUUUUGUAUAAUUUAUAGUUUAAAAAAAAAAAAAAAAGUUGUUUUACUAGCUGAGAAGAAAAAGUCUAAGAAAAAAGUUAUAAAAGCAAUUUAACACUGAAAAAAUAGGAUUAAUUGGAUGAACUAACAGAGCAUUUAUGGCUUUGUUAGGUAGAUCAUUUUCUGAUCUGUAAUUUGUCAAGGACACCAGGUUUUUUUUAAUUUCAUAACUUAAUAAGUGAUACAUAUAAUUUUCUGAUCUGUAAUUUGUCGAAGACACCAGGGUUUUUUUUUUGUUUGUUUCAUAACUUAAUCAGUGAUACAUAUAAUUUUAUGUAAAAUAUUUUAAUAUUUUUGAUAAACUAUAGAUUAACAUUAACGUUAAUAAGUAUUUUAUGCUGUGAUGGUCAUAUUUUCAGACUUUUGGGGGCCUAUAUUUUUAUAGUGUUAAUGACACAAUAUUUGCAACUUUUUUUGCAUUCAUUGUCUUUAUGAAUAAAGUUCUGAAAUCUGCUAUUUAUUUAAGCAAGUUAUGGCAUAAAUAAUGUUUUAUUUACUUCAUGUUUUUUUUACAAGUUUUGGUUUGCAUGCAGUGCAUAAUGCAAGUCAAUAGAACCAUGUUUUCUAUCCAGCUUUUGGACCACUGUCAACAUAUUUUGGUUAACGUUCAGGCAUAAUAUUUCCUGAGGUCGUUAUGUCAUAAGAAUUAACCACCUCAGUGGACCCAUCCUCCGAAUGAGAUUUUUUUUUCCCUUGUCCCAAUCAGUGACUCAUGUCAAAAAGCCUGUGUCAAAGUGCACAUAAAAGAUCCCUUGCUGCUAAUGAUAAAAUGUAUCGGGUGAUCUCUGAAGACUAGGAGUCAACACUUUUGGGUAUAUUUUUAUUUUGUCAUUAUUUUUAUUCCUGUAAGACCAUUCAACUAUUCUUCAGAAGCAGUCACUAAUCUAAUCACAUUAAAAGUAUAACACCCUAACUAUAGUCCAUGACAUUGCUGAUUGACCUGGGCAAUUGCAGGGGUUGAAUAAUUAAUUAAAAAUCAUGAUGGACUUCUUUGAUGGAAAAUGAAAGCAACCGGGUGGGGGGGGGGGGGGUGUAAUUAUAUAUUAACUUGCUUUUCAACUGGGCUGUUCCAAUGCACUCUCCAAUGUUGGGGUGUGUGGGCAGUGCCCCCUUGGCCUACCCACUUACACCUAUGGUAGAUAAAUAAUAUUCGAUCCAUUGUGGAUUACCUGUUCGUUAACACUAUUGACAUGUAUAUCUUGGAUGGAUCUACUUUAAAUUGUUUCUGAAUCAAGUAUACCUGUAUGUUUUUUCCUUACCAGUACAUAUUUUGUUUAAAAUAAAAUUGUACAUUCAUUCAUUUCAUUUUAUGAAUGAAUAAAUGUCUUGCAUAGAACAACACACUUUUGUAUGUAAUAUAAGUUUCUUUACACCAGAGGAAAACCAAAUCAGUAUAUAUAUAUAUUUAUUGUGCACAGUUGUAUAUGGUUAUUCAUUCACCUAUUUUUGUGUUGCAAUAUGUUGCUAUUCUCACUAAUAAAGAAUUUAAUUGCU